AUGGCGCCUGGCCUCCUCGGCGCCGCCGCCGCCGUGCUGGCCGCGGUGGCCUCGUUUGCGGCCCACGUCACGCUCAACUGCCCCGUGCAGCCGGUGCCGUCGACUCCGCGGCCGCCCACUCCGCCGCCCAACAACCUCCUCCAGAGGCUGGAGAAGCUUGGGCAAGGGGCGCUGGACGCGCCGGAGGACGUGUACGUGGACGCGGCGGCGGGCGGGGCGCUGUACACGGCCACCAGGGACGGGUGGCUGCAGCGGAUGCACCCAAACAACGGCUCCUGGGAGCGGUGGCGCUUCGUCGGCGGCACGGGGCUGCUCGGGGUCGCGCCGUCCGCCGACGGCACCAUGCUCGUCUGCGACGCCGACAAGGGGCUUUUGAGAGUCGGGGAGGAAGGAGUGACCCUUCUUGCGUCGGAGGUCGAGGGCUCCCCGAUCAGGUUCUCGGACGCGGCGAUCGAGGCCUCCGACGGCAUGGUCUACUUCAGCGAUGCCAGCACCAGGUUCGGCUUCGACAGGUGGUUCUACGACUUCUUGGAGUCCCGCGCCACCGGCCGCCUCCUCCGGUACGACCCGCGCAACGGCGAGACUUCCGUCGUGCUAGACCGCCUCAGUUUCGCCAACGGCGUCGCCCUGCCGAGGGACGAGACCUUCGUGGUCGUCUGCGAGACGAGAGGGUUCAGGUGCAUGAAAGUGUGGCUGAAAGGGGAGAAGGCCGGCAAGGCAGAGACGUUCGUGGACAACCUACCGGGGGCUCCAGAUAACAUUCGUCUCGGGUCAGACGGUCACUACUGGAUUGCCCUCCAUCUAAGGUCGCCAUGGCCGGACUUCAUCACGCGCUGGACCUUCACGAAGAGAGUGGUGGCCUCGUUCCCCGUGCUCCUUAAGUGGAGCAAGGCAACGACCAAGGGUGCCAUGGUGGCUCAGGUGUCGGAGGAUGGCAACAUCGUCCGCGUGCUUGACGACUCCGAAGGGAAGGUGAUCAACUCCGUCACAUCGGUGACGGAGUUCAACGGGGACAUCUUUCUCGGCAGCCUCACGACCAACUUCGUCGGCAAAUUAUCUCUGGCGCAGGUGACACAGCAGGAGCAGGGAGCAAUGUCUUCGUAG